AUGGCAUUCAAACUUAUACUUACUGCUUGCGUCUUCGCUCUGGCGAGAGCCCAGAGUGUCCCUUCCCUUGUCGUACCGGAGACUGGAGUCUCUGCAUUCCCUUUCGACCUAAGCCAAGUCUCCCUUAGCAAUAGUCGAUGGGAAGACAACCAAAACCGGACGCUCAACUACCUGAAAUUCGUCGACGUGGAACGCCUGCUUUACAACUUCCGCGCCACUCACAAGCUUUCCACGAAAGGAGCCAAAGCCAAUGGGGGCUGGGAUGCUCCAAACUUCCCAUUCCGCUCACAUGCUCAAGGGCAUUAUCUUACCGGAUGGGCGCAUUGCUAUGCCGUCCUGCGCGAUCCUACCUGUCGAGAUCGGGCAACCUAUUUCGUAGCGGAACUUGCCAAAUGCCAGGCGAACAAUGCCGCUGCUGGUUUUGGCGCAGGCUACCUGUCUGGAUUCCCUGAGUCCGAAUUUGCUGCGCUCGAGGCCGGGAAGCUUUCGAAUGGAAAUGUGCCAUACUAUGCACUACACAAAACCAUGGCGGGUCUGCUGGAUGUGUGGCGAAUAAUGGGAGACAACAAGGCCAAAGAGGUUUUACUGGCGUUGGCCGGAUGGGUUGAUGGGCGCACUGCGAAGCUGAGCUCCAGCGACAUGCAGAGAAUGCUCGGUACCGAGUUCGGGGGUAUGAACGAUGUGCUAGCUAAUGUCUACCAACUCACAGGCGAUAAGAGGUGGCUUGUCCUGGCACAACGUUUCGACCACACCGCUGUCUUUGAUCCGCUCGCGUCCAACCAAGACCGUCUCAAUGGCCUGCAUGCAAACACGCAAGUGCCAAAAUGGAUAGGGGCCGCUCGCGAGUACAAGGCCACGGGCAACAAACGCUAUCUGGACAUUGCACGCAACGCCUGGUCCAUGACAGUCAACGCGCAUACAUAUGCCAUCGGCGGAAACAGCCAGGCCGAACACUUCCGCCCGCCAAACGCAAUCUCCCAAUAUCUCAAGACAGAUACCGCAGAGCAGUGCAACACGUACAACAUGCUCAAGCUGACGCGCGACUUGUGGGCGGUGGAUCCGGACAGAACAGAGUAUUUCGACUUCUACGAGCGCGCUCUGCUCAACCAUCUCCUCGGUGCGCAAAACCCAGCAGACAACCAUGGACACAUUACCUAUUUCACGCCGCUCAACCCUGGGGGACGCCGCGGCGUUGGGCCUGCAUGGGGUGGUGGAACGUGGAGCACCGACUACGACUCGUUCUGGUGCUGUCAAGGCACCGCUCUCGAAACCAACACGAAAUUGAUGGAUUCCAUCUACUGGCACAAAGAUUCUACACUCUAUGUAAACUUGUUCAUCUCCUCGGUCCUGAAUUGGACGCAGCGCAACGUCACAAUCGCUCAGUCCACAACCUACCCCGUCAGCGGCACGACGUCCCUGCGUGUCACUGGAAACGGCGAGUUUACCAUGCGCAUACGCAUCCCCGCCUGGACGACUGGAGCGAGUAUAAGUGUCAACGGUCAGAAAGUGAGCAUCGAAGUCAAGCCCGGUAGCUACGCAACUCUCCAACGCGCGUGGAAGUCAGGCGACACUGUCACGAUACAGCUUCCCAUGACGCUCAAGACCGUGGCAGCCAAUGAUGACCCAAGUGUCGCUGCCGUGGCUUACGGUCCGGUUAUCUUGAGUGGGAAUUAUGGGAGCACAUCGCUUUCGUCGACGCCCACGUUGGCCUUGGAUUCCAUCCGCCGGUCAGGGAAUGGUGGGUUGGCAUUCACGGCGACGGCGGCCGGGAAGUCGGUGAACUUGGGCCCGUUUUAUGAAGCUCACGGGUUCAAUUACAACGUGUAUUGGAAGGUGAGUGGACGGCUUCCAGCUGUUAUCUGA